UUGAAAUUGUCUUCUCCAUGUUUGUUUUCUUCUUCAAAUAUAGUCAAAGGGGAAGGGAGGUGAUGAUUCUUAUGUGAUUUUCUCUACUCUAUGCUAUAUAUAAAUCACCACCAACAGUCUUCAUCUUGUCACCCACCAUGGAGAAACACUUCCUUCUUUUGAUUUCUCUUGUAUUUUCUUUUACUUUGUUUCAUGUAUGUCUGGCCUCUACUGCAGGAACCCUUGAUGGGUCUGAAUACUGGGGCUACGUCGAAGUUCGACCUAAGGCACACCUGUUUUGGUGGCUUUAUAAAAGCCCUUAUAGAGUGGAAGAUCCAUCAAAACCAUGGCCAAUUAUUCUAUGGCUCCAAGGAGGACCAGGAGGCUCAGGUGUUGCAUUUGGAAAUUUCUUGGAGAUAGGACCCCUGGACAGCAAUUUGAAGCCCAGGAAUUCCACAUGGCUCCACAAAGCUGAUCUCUUAUUUGUGGAUAGUCCAGUGGCUACAGGAUUUAGUUAUGUUGAAAAUGAGACUUUGGUGGUUAGGACUGAUGAAGAAGCAGCAACUGAUUUAACUACCUUAUUGAAGGAGCUCUUCAAUAGAAAUGAGACCCUUCAAAAGAGUCCGUUGUAUAUAUUUGCAGAGUCCUAUGGAGGAAAAUUUGCCGUCACUCUUGGGAUUUCUGCUUUUCAAGCCAUUGAAGCAGGGGAAUUAAAGCUUCAACUGGGAGGAAUUGCUCUGGGAGAUAGCUGGAUUUCACCUGAAGACUUUGUGUUUUCAUGGGGACCUUUACUUAAAGACCUAUCAAGAAUGAGCAGCAAUGGAUUAAACAUCUCAAACAGUCUUGCUUUGAAGAUUCAGCAGCAGCUUGCUGAAGGUGCAUAUGUAAAUGCUACAUCAACAUGGAGUGAACUUGAGAGUGUUGUUCUUGACUAUAGUAACAAUGUGGACCUGUAUAACUUCAUGCUUGAUUAUGAGAAUGAUCCAGUGGUGGGGAUCUCCAAAGAAAGAUCAAAAGGACUUUCCAAAGAUAGGUACUCAAUGUAUGUUGAGGCAAGGUUUUAUAGAUCAGCUGGUGCCACAGCAGGGAGUAGCAGUGACCUGUACAGCUUGAUGAAUGGGCUUAUCAAAAAGAAGCUCAAGAUUAUUCCUCGCAAUGUCACGUGGGGAGGACAAAACGGCUUAGUUUUUCCGGCUUUACAUGGUGACUUCAUGAAGCCUAGAAUCCAAGAGGUUGAUGAGCUCUUAGCCAAAGGUGUAAGAGUUAUCAUAUACAAUGGGCAGCUUGAUCUCAUAUGUUCAACCAAGGGAGCAGAAGCAUGGCUUAAUAAACUCAAAUGGGAUGGCUUGAAAAAUUUUCUAAGUGUGGAUCCUACUCCUUUGUAUUGCAAAGGUCACAAUUCCACCACCAAAGCCUUCACAACCUCAUACCAAAACUUGUCUUUCUAUUGGAUUCUUGGAGCUGGCCACUUUGUCCCAGUUGAGCAGCCAUGCAUUUCUCUGCAGAUGGUGGGGACUGUUACCCAAUCACCCAAUAAUUCUUAGAGCUUAGUUUAAUUUGUAUAAUUAUGGAAUUUGAUGGCAUAGCCAGAGAGAAUCCCAUGACCUUUUGAUUUCAUUUGUUCGCUAAAUUAUAUAAGAAAUUUAGCUCAAAUUUUACUAAUCGAGACUCAUAAU